ACGCACACAAGGAUACAUUCUAGAGGAAGUAACAAACACUUGAUUGUCGAUUUUUCUUUUAUAGAUAAAUCAAAACUGGCUUUAUUACUUCCGAGUCCUACAUCAUCUAACAUAUUACAAAUCGACAAUUGUCAGAGUUUGAUCGUUGAAUAGUAGUCAGUAGAUGAUGGCAAGAUUUCAAUUUGAAGUUGAGCUGGCAGCAGAUGAAGAUCCGAAGAAUAACAUCAUAGUUAUAAGAUCAAUAACAAAAGAGGAUGGAACAACAUAUCUCAUGCCGACAUGCUUCCAAGCAGCAAAACACCAUAGUCAAUUGGUAAAGUUACCAGAAUUUUUGAGAAUAAAAAAAACAUUACAGAAAAGAGGUCACAAUAGAAGGGUCUGGAUAUCUAUGCCAAGUGAUAUUUUAGCUCUUUAUGUAGAUGAUGCCGGAAAUAUGGUAUUUAAUGAUUAUUUAUUACAAGAAAUGACGCAAGUUACGAGCCAAUCUAUUACAGAUGGAAAAUUAAUGGAAAUUUUAGAGAAAUUAAAUGGUAAUUCCUAUGUGAACAAAGAACAUCACAGCAAUUUAAGCAAAUUAAAUGAAAAAUUUGUUUUAAAGAAGUUUGAUAACAAGAUAGCUAAUGCCAAACAGUGGCUGCAAAGUUUUGAAAGUGAAUGUACAAGAUAUGAUUUAAAUGGUGAUACAGAGAAAAUCAGUGCUUUAAAAUUAUUUCUGAAUGACUCAGAAUGUGACUGGUAUGAGUCUAUGUUAAUUAAACACAGCUUGAACUCGUCAUGGAAAAUAUGGCAAGUGAGUUUUUUAAAUACAUUUGCAGAUAAAAAUUGGUCUUCUGUAAUGUAUGCGCUGAACUUCAAACACUUGAAUGGUCCUCUGCUAGAAUAUGCAUUGAAAAAGCAAAGAUUGUUACUAGAGUAUAAUAGUGAUAUAGAUACCAGAACUCUCACUGACCUCAUAGUUGCCGGAUUGCCGACUUAUAUUACAUGUAAACUAGAUAGACAAGAGGUGACAGACCCAACUCUUCUGUUUAGUGCCCUGCGGAAGUAUGAAAAUCAGAAUAAAAAUAUCCAAAAACACUUUACUGAGAGGAAAGGCGUGACUAAAUUAGAAGUGGAAUAUAAAAAGAAAACACAGUGUCAAAUCUGUUACAAGAUGGGUAAAAAAAACAGAUUUCAUUCUGAAGAUUUGUGCUGGUUUAAGAACGAAAAUAAGAAUAUCAAUGAUAGUGUAAAACAUUCCAAAAACUUUAUGUUGGAGGUUGAGCAGUAUCAAGAUACAAAAAACUAGAUAUUCCCCCACUUAUAACAGUUGAUGUUGUGCUGAAUAGUAAAUUUAAAUGCACAGGUAUUUAUGACCCUGGCUCAAAUAUUACCUUAAUAAAUUCCAAAUUAAUAAAAGUAACAGAUCCACAGAAAAAUUACUUUGAAAAUAAAUUCAACACAAUUGGUGGUGGGGGAAAAACUACAGGUUUAAUAAAAUUAAGUGGAAAAAUACUGAAUAUUGAAAAAGAAAUAAAUGCAUUUAUUUGCAAUGAUAAAAACUUCACUCAUGAUUUACUUUUGGGUCUGGACACAAUAAAGCGGUUUGGAUUGACCCAUGAUGGGAAUUUAAACAUCCAACUUCAGAAAGAUGCCUACCCAAUAGAUAAAUAUUUCAGUCCCAUUGGAGAAAAAAAAUAUG